CGUUCUAUCUUAUCGCAUGUUGACUCAAACCAGAGAGGUAGUAAUCCGAUUUAUGCCGUGAAACAACCUAACGGUCCAAAAUGAGAGAAAUAUUGCAUCUUCAAGUGGGUCAGUGCGGGAACCAAAUUGGCUCUAGGUUUUGGCAAACCAUCUCUAAAGAACAUGGAGUUGACCCAACUGGGAAGUACGUCGGAGAUAACGAUCUCCAGUUGGACCGGAUCAACGUCUACUUCACCGAGGCCGCUAAUGCCAACUACGUACCAAGAGCCGUCCUAGUUGAUCUAGAACCCGGUACUAUGGACACCAUUCGUAGCGGACCCGUAGGUACUCUUUUCAACCCCAACAACUUCGUCUUUGCCCAAAGCGGCGCAGGUAACAACUGGGCUAAAGGUCACUACACUGAGGGAGCUGAAAUAUGUGAAAAUGUCCUCGACGUAAUCCGUCACGAAAUCGAACGAUGCGACUGUUUCCAAGGGUUUCAAUUCACUCAUUCGCUUGGUGGUGGUACUGGGUCGGGUUUUGGUACUCUCUUGACAGCUAAAGUUAGAGAAGAGUACCCCGAUAGGAUGGUCACUAGUUUCAGCGUAGUACCAUCCCCCAAAGUGUCCGAGGUUGUUCUGGAGCCAUAUAACGCCACACUAUCUGUCCAACAACUGAUAGAAAAUACGGAUCAAACGCAAUGCAUCGACAAUGAAGCUUUGUAUGAAAUUUGCUUCCAAACUUUGAAAAAACCAACGCCGACGUAUGACGAUUUGAAUCAUUUGAUUUCUUUGACUAUGUCGGGGGUAACAACGUGCUUCCGUUUUCCGGGACAGUUGAAUGCCGAUUUGAGGAAAUUGUCGGUUAAUAUGGUACCUUUCCCCCGGCUGCAUUUCUUUGUUCCGGGAUUUGCCCCCUUGACUGCUCCCAAUAGCGUUGCGUACAGGAAGUUGAGCGUUAAGGACUUGACGGAGCAAAUGUUUAGUCCCAAAAAUAUUAUGGCGGCUUGCAACCCUACAGCCGGUAGAUAUUUGACAGUUGCGACCAUUUUUAGAGGACCGGUGUCUAUGAAGGAGGUGGACCAUGUUAUGUUCGAUACACAAAGCAAAAAUUCUGCCUACUUCGUGGAAUGGAUACCUCACAAUGUGCAAACCGCAGUAUGCGAUGUUCCGUCACCUCAUGCCCCUAUUUCGUCUACUUUCAUUGCCAAUACUACCGCUAUUCAAGAUUUGUUUAAACGUAUUCAAGAACAAUUCUCUGUCAUGUUUAGACGUAAAGCAUUUUUACAUUGGUACUUGGGAGAAGGCAUGGAUGAACAAGAAUUUACAGAGGCAGAGAGCAAUUUAAUUGACUUGAUUUCAGAGUACCAGCAGUACCAGGAAGCUGAAGCUGAUGACUAUCAUGACACUGACGAGGAAGAGCCGCAAGAAGAGGAGGAGUGAAAUAAAUAAGUUAUAUCAAACUGUAAAUGAUAUGAAUAAACAUUAAUAAUAAUAAUAAUAAA